AAAAUACACAGGAGAAUUUAUUUCGUCCAUCAUUACAUGCUGACCACAAGCAUUAUGGGCUAGGAUGUGUACAAUGAUCUCAAAUUCCAGGGACAUUUCAUGUGUAAAAUGGAUGUCUGCAACAAACCUGAUUAUUCUAAUCAUACUUUUCACCAUUCCUGAAUCAUUUGGUGCAGACCUUUGUGGAAAAGAAGUUGAAUCCAGUUUUCUGAAGAGCCGGAUCCACAAAAGUUCUCUCCCAAAAGGCGGGGCUGCAGCGGGGAAGUACGUGAAGGAUGCUAAAUCAACCAAUCGCUGGCUUUGUGUUGUGAGCUGUUGUCGGGAGCCUGAUGACUGCGACUCGGCUUUAUUUCAUAGUAAUACAUGCUACCUCAUCAAAUGUAAUGUGACCUAUGCUGGAGGGUGUGAAGCUGUUCCUAAGACUGAUGCCAAAUAUAACAAUACAUACUACAUUAACGUCAGGGACGUAGUGUAUCAACAGUGUGACCUGCUGAAUAACAAUGGCUGUAAAGAGGGUGAGGAGUGUAGAUUUAUCUCAGAGGAUGGGGUCACACAAUGUGUCUGUAAGACAGGAUAUAUCCAGAAUCAGCUGGGGACCUGUGUUGCCCUGCUGUCUUCCCCCAUAGACUCCUCACAUACAGAGGAUGAGGUGGAGUGUGAGUUUCCUCUAGACAACACCUGUCCUCAUCAGAACGAGGAGUGUUACCUACCUCUCCACACACACAGUCGGGUGGGCACCUGUCGGUGUAAGGAGGGUUACAUCAGGGAUAGCAGCAAAGCAUGUGUGACCAUUGAAACUAAAGUUACAGACAGUCCUACUACACGGUCCACUACUGCUACUAAGACGGACAUUGAGAAGUCGGUCAAAGUGUGUGAGUAUGGGUUGAAUUCUUGUGGGAAGCAUCAAGAAUGUUACCUCCCAAAGAACUCUAUGAAGAGGUCUGGAAUCUGUGUGUGUGUCCAGGGCUACUACAUGGGAACCGAUAACAUCUGUGUUCUCAACACCAGUACCACAGUGAUUCCAAGUACAACCACCACGACUGUCAGUACCACGCCAAAAGUUUCCAAGUUAACUGUAUCAGCUGGAAACAAUGUAGAGUUACAGUUGCCAAGUGAUGAGACAGUACUGACCUGUUUUGUACUGGAGAAAGAAAACAAAGGUGAAAAAUUCCAAUAUGAGUGGUCUUUGGUAAACUCUCCUGAAGGUGCUGAGAAAGGAACAAUGGUUGGAAAAAACACUGACAAACUAAAAAUCUCUAAGUUGAUAGCAGGGCUUUACACCUUCAAGAUAGAGGUCACAGGUGAAAACCGCGUAGGAGAGGCUUAUGUCAAUGUCACAGUUUCACCUCCUGCCAGGAAGAACACUCCUCCAGUUGCGGUUAUAAAACCUACAAAGCAAAUUGUUAAACUUCCCAAUUCUGCCAUUUUGGAUGGCUCAGACAGUUCUGAUGAUGAUAAGAUAGUGAAGUACUUGUGGGAGGAGAUGAGUGGACCUCUACAGGACCACAAAAUUCAGGACGACAAGAACAUGUUGACCUUGAAGGGACUUGUACCAGGAAAUUACAUUUUUAAACUGACUGUCACUGAUUCUGAUGGUGCUACAAAUUCAACUGUUGCCAAUGUAACUGUGAUAAAAGAGACAGACUAUCCUCCAAAAGCCAAUGCUGGAUCAGAUAUGGUGAUUCACCUUCCCCAGGACUCGGUUAUUUUGUAUGGGAAUUCCAGCACUGAUGAUAAGGGCAUCAAAAGUUAUGAAUGGAUCAAGUCUCCUGAUGGCAAACAGACAGCCGACAUGACGGGUACUACAUCCCCAUUUCUGCACCUCUCCAAACUACAGGAGGGGGACUAUGCUUUUACCUUGAAAGUCACAGACACAGCUGACCAGGUGUCACAAGCCACUGUACACCUGUUUGUUAAACCAGAUGUAAACACAGCACCAGUGGCUGUCACAGCUGGAAAGCUGACUAUGAUUCUACCUCUGAAGGGACUGGUGCUGGAUGGCCAAAACUCAACGGACGAUAAAAAGAUUGUUAGUUACUCCUGGGUGCAGACAGGGGGCAGUCCUACUCUUAAGAUACUGGACAGUAGCUCAUCUCUAGCCACAGCAGUGGGAGACAUUACCCCAGGGGAGUACACAUUUAAACUGACCGUCACUGACCAGGAGAAGCUUCAGUCCACACAGAAGCUAACCAUUGUGGUCAAGGAAUUACCAAACAAAAAACCAGUCAGCAGAGCAGGAGGGGAUAGAAUUGUUACACUCCCUGUGACAUUGGUGGAAAUUGAUGGAUCUAAGUCUUCAGAUGACAAGAAAAUUGUCCGAUACACCUGGGAGAGGGAUGCUAAGAGCCUGGCAGCUGGGGAUGUGUUAAAUGGCUCAGAGCACAAGGCUGUUUUACAAUUGGUUAAUUUAGUAGCCGGGAAAUACAUCUUCAAACUGACUGUGUUUGAUGCAGAAGGUUUGUCAAGUUCUGACACAGCCCAUCUGCUUGUUAAAGAGGACCCUCAUAAAGAGGACUUGAUGGAGCUGACUCUGGACACAAAUCUUAAGGAUUUCACAGAGGAGGACAAGGAAAAUCUGAGGAGUCAGUUGGCCUCCAUGUUACCUGAUUCAGCAGAUGGUGAUGUCACUGUACAGAUACAAAAUCUACAUAUGUCUCCUGAAUUACUGUUACAUGUCAGUUUCUAUGUGACUAAUGUAAGAAAAGAGACACAUGUCUACAGACCUGGAUUGGAGACUGCCAAACUUCUCAAAGAACAACUGGAGUCCUCCAACAAUCAUAUACUCAACUACAAAGUCCUGUCCCUAGACACAAUAGUUUGCCAAAUUAAUUGUUCUGGGCAUGGCUACUGUGAUAAAAAGUCCAAAAUGUGUGUGUGUGAUGCCUUCUGGAUGCAAAAUUUCUUUAUUUUCCAUGUGUUGAAUGGAGAGAGUAACUGUGAUUGGAGUGUUUUGUAUUUCAUCAUUGUACUUUUCCUUGUGGUGGUGGCCCUGGCAGCUAUAGUAUGGGGUACAAUCUGCUGGAUUAAAAAGCGCAGGUGUAAAUGCUACAAGUGGAGGACAAGGAAGAGACAUCGCUACUCACUUCUACAGGAAGUGGAUGACGCUAAAGAUGAAAUCAAGCUGUUGCCAAAAGGAAAAUCACAGAACAGUAGCGUGAUGAUGUCCGAGUCUGAUCUGACCAGUGAAGAAGAGACUUUAUUUAUAAACCAUAAAAAGACUAAUGGAUUCAUACAAAAGCCUGUGAAUGGAGUAUCAAAACAUAUAAAGACAAAGCUUCGGGCAUAACUCAACUCGGCAAUGGACAGUGAGAGCUGCAGUCCAUUAUCUGUUAUACAUAUAUGUAUAUCCAAUAUACAGAAAAGUAGGUUUAAAUUAGAAUAUAUUAUAUAGUAUAUUGACUGUAACAUGGUGCAAUAUUCAUCAUGUAUAAUAAGGGAUAUGAUAUUAUAUCAACUCAAUGUGGGAAAACAUAUAUGCUGUUGCAUCAAUUCUUAUGUGAAAUGAUUGAACCCAUUCCAAGUGUUUUUAAGAUUUCAGUGAGAUGUUCUGAAUGUAUGAAUCAGGUUCAAUUACUAAUUUUAUCUCACUCAUAUUAACAUGCUUACCUGUAUAAGUGAGUUAAUCUAUACUAAAGUAAUUUGGGUCUCAAAGCUUUUUAGUGCUUCUAAAUAACAUUCAGGAGUUCAGUGUAGAAAUGGUUAGUGAAAUAGACAAAAAGAUUAAGCACAAGUCUGCGAUCUCAGCUCUCGGUGCUUAACCACACUAUGUAUUAAGGCAAUCAAUAUUCCUUGUAAAUAUAUCCACCCAUGUUCAGAUUGUGAAUAAUUAAUGCACUGGAUAUUGUAUUGAAUAACCAAUGAACAUUGGAAUAUUACAUAUAUUGCUUCAGUAUUUAGAUAGAAAUUUUGGUUGAUUUUUGCUUGAGUUGUUUGAAUCCCUCACCCUGUAAAUAUGAUGAUGUGCACCACAUUCAGUGUACAGCAGAUGGUGUCAUGUAAUAUGUAGUUUAUUUUUAAUUUUCUUGCGCAAUGUUAAGCCACCAUUGAUUAUGAUGUAAAAUUGAAACCAUUUAAGUAAGCAUUACAUGUAUGUUAGUUUGAUAAAUGGAAAAAUUCAGCUCCAAAUGCAUUCAACACUUUCAUUUUUAAAUAUUUUUUUUUGCUUUCAAAGUGACAAGAUUUAAUAUGUAUAAAUUUAGGCCAUUCUAGAUACAAGGUCAUAAAAAAUUUUAAUUUUCUUUUCUGUUUAACAAAGCAAUGUUGGAAGUCGAUAUAUGAGCAUUUAUGUUAUAACAUUUGUAAUUUAAUUUUAUUUUAUUUGCCAACAAAUCUCUUGUUUAGGUAAAAUCAAGUUAAAUUAUUCAGCAGAUUGCAUCGUAAAUUGUCACCUGAGAAAGCUUAUAAUUGACACUUUUCCUUACAAUAUAUAUAUUAUUUAUCAAGUUAUAAUAAUGCUUUGUGCAAUGAAUUACAAGUACACAAAUACUCUUUUCAACACAUAUGAAGAUGAUGUUGAAUAAAUGUUUUAUUCAGGAAGUAUCUAAUUUACACUAGUCAUAUAGACUUGCUUAUACAAAUUUAGGAAGUGGUCAUGAUUCAAAAAAGUCUAGACUUAACUGUAUGCACAAAAUCUGCAUUGAUGCAAUAAAACCAUUAUUCAGCAUGUUAGCAAACCUGACCAAAUUUUUAAAAAAAAAUAAAAAUGAUUGCAGCACUGACUUUUGUUACAUGCAAUAGAUCAAGAGUUGAAGUGUAUUCAACAAAAAAUGCUAGGGAUCUUUCAGUAGAUUUAUGCAUAAUGCAUAUAAUUUGUGCAAUUUAUAUUUGCUUUUGAGAUUACCCACAAUGUACAAUGUUAUAUAUCUUUGAUAUUAAACCUGGUGUAUAUGACUUUUUUUCAUGUCUGUUCAAAUUCAUGAAAUCAAAAGAUUUUUUUUAGAAGAAAAACAAAUAUCAGCUGUAUGUAAAAGCAUUAAUGUGUUGAAUGAAUCCUAUUUUAUUUUUUCUUUUAUUUAAAAAUCUGUCCUGACUUUCUACAACUGAGCUUUGAUAUUUUCAUUGCCUGUAGUUGGUGUAAGGUUUUGAUAUUUUUUUUUAAAGAGUGUUAUUCCUUACAACUGCAUUCCAUGUUAUACAUCACAUAGUGUUGUAUAAAUAUUUAAGAAAUCCAGAUUUCAGUGUGACAACAGAUUUUUACUGUAUAUACAAUAGUGUUAUUGUUGAUGAAUUUUGUAUAUAGUUGAGGGGAUUGUCUGUAAGGUGUUUUGAGGAUAAAGGGUAACUGAUUUACAAAUUUUAUUGAUGUGGGGAACUUUUGAAAAUGUAUAGUUUUUUUCUCUAAACUUAAAUCCAGUGUGUUUUUAUUUUGCCUUAAUAAGGUAUUCAACAUGACAUAUUGUUGUAAAUUAUUGCAGAAAACUACCAGCACGUAUAUUUUUUAAGAAGAUUAACAUUCAUUACAUAUGGAGGUGGAAACAUUUAUCAGAAUUUUUGCUGUUUUUUAUAUUUUAAAUGAACUAUGUAAUUACAGGCAUAUUUAAUAGUUUAUUUAUGACUUUGUGUAUAGGAGUUCAGUGUUUAUUUUGUAAUUAAAGUUGGGACAUAUCCAUAAAUGAAACAUAGGCAUCCUGCUCAUCAUAGAGAAAUAGUGUACAUAUUUUGCUUAAAAAGGAGAUCUCAUAUUUAUGUCUUUCUUCUUCCUCUCUCUCUCUCUCUCUCUCUGUUUUGUUUUGCCAUGACAUGCACAAUGCUUUCUUAAAUAAAUUAGGUAUUCGAAGGACAUUCCAUUCGCCUUAAAAUGAUUUAUUAAGUUGUAAAAUAAAUUAUUGAGCACAAGUAGAUAAAAUUUAUCAAUAGAGUAAUGUUUUAUACACUGUGAACCAACUUUUAUUCGUGUGCGAGAAAUAUUCACGAAUAUAAAUAGCCGCGAACCAUUUAUUUAGCUUUGUAUUUGUAGAGAAUGUUUCCUCAGUCACAAAAAUUAAUCUUCGUAUAUAGAUUUUAAACCGACGAAUCGCAAAUAAAAGAUGACGCGAAUAAUAGUUGGUUUACAGUAUAUAUGUAUAUUAUGGUUCUUUCAUAUGUUAAACUUUUUCAUUUCGAGGCUUAAUUAUGGUAUAAAUAUGCUCAGAUUUUUACUUUUAUUUUUUAUCUUUUUAAAUGAUUAGGUUGUGAUUUUCACAUUUUACAAUCAUGUACAGUACCAGUAACAGACAUAUUUUCUUAGCUCUUUAGCUCUACUGGUCAGAGACCAGAAGAGCUUAUGCGAUAGUAAGGUGUCCGUCGUCCGUCCGUCUGUCUGUCUGUCUGUCUGUCUGUCUGUCUGUCUGUCCGUCUGUCUGUAAACAAUUUUUCAAAACGCUACUCCUCCUACAGUUUUGGUCCGAUUUCAAUAUAACUUGGCACACAAGUAGACUACACUAAGAUACAUAAUUUAGUGCAUCGGUUUUUGAUUUCGAUGGACGGUGUUGCCAUGGUUACUAAAAAUAGAAAUUUCUGUGAAAUUCCUUUAAAAUGCUACUCCUCCUACAGUUUUGGUCCGAUUUCAAUAUAACUUGGCACACAAGUAGACUACACUAAGAUACAUAAUUUAGUGCAUCGGUUUUUGAUUUCGAUGGACGGUGUUGCCAUGGUUACUAAAAAUAGAAAUUUCUGUGAAAUUCCUUUAAAACGCUACUCCUCCUACAGUUUUGGUCCGAUUUCAAUAUAACUUGGCACACAAGUACACUACACUAAGAUACAUAAUUUAGAGCAUCGGUUUUUGAUUUCGAUGGACGGUGUUGCCAUGGUUACUAAAAAUAGAAAUUUCUGUGAAAUUCCUUUAAAAUGCUACUCCUCCUACAGUUUUGGUCCGAUUUCAGUAUAACUUGGCACACAAAUAGACUACACUAAGAUACAUAAUUAAGUGCAUCGGUUUUUUAUUUCGAUGGACUGUGUUGCCAUGGUUACUAAAAAUAGAAAUUUCUGUGAAAUUCCUUUAAAACGCUACUCCUCCUACAGUUUUGGUCCGAUUUCAAUAUAACUUGGCACACAAGUAGACUACACUAAGAUACAUAAUUUAGUGCAUCGGUUUUUGAUUUCGAUGGACGGUGUUGCCAUGGUUACUAAAAAUAGAAAUUUCUGUGAAAUUCCUUUAAAACGCUACUCCUCCUACAGUUUUGGUCCGAUUUCAAUAUAACUUGGCACACAAGUACACUACACUAAGAUGCAUAAUUUAUUGCAUCGGUUUUUGAAUUCAAUGGACGGUGUUGCCAUGGUUACUAAAAAUAGAAAUUUCUGUGAAAUUCCUUUAAAACACUACUCCUGCUACAGUUUUAGUCUGCUUCUAAUAUAAUUAGGCAUACAAGAAGACUAUACUAAGAUACAUAAUUUAUUGCAUUGGUUUUUGAAUUCGAUGAACAGUGUUGCCAUGGUUAUUUAAAAUAGAAAUUUCUGUGAAAUUCCUUUAAAACGUUACUCCUUCUACAGUUUUGGUCCGAUUUCAAUCUAAUUUGGCACACAGUUAGAAUACACUACGAUACAUAAUAUGUAUUUCUGUUUUUUUUAUUUGGGUGAAUGGUGUUGACAUGGUUACCGGUACUAAAAAUAGAAAUUUCCGUGAAAUACUUUCAAAACGCUACUCCUCCUAGUUUUCAUUUGAUUUCAAUAUAACUUGUCACAAAAGUAGACUACAUUAAGAUACAUAAUUCUAUUUAUUGUUGCAUGUUGCAAUGUUUCAAAUCCAAGUGCUACUUUUCUUUUGUUAUACAAACAGACCAGUAGAGCUACAGUCUCAUCAGAGACUUCUGGUUUUUAUCAGGUCACCAAAAGGAAGAUGUUUAUUUAUUAUGAGAAUCUAUCAGAGAAGAAAUACAAUAUAGAUACAGAAUUUAUUGAAUUUAGUGUGUGUAUGUAUGUAUUGAUUAUGUGCCUUUAAAUAAAGAGCUUUCUUUUGAGUAUUAUAGCUUCUUUUUGGAAAAAAAAGGGGGGGGGGUCUUUGACUUAGAAUUUAUAUUUAUAGAGCAAGGUGUAUAAUAUAUAUUGUAUACGAAUCUUGAAAAAAAAAUCACAAGUUAAAAUUCUGCCAUUUUUUUUAUGUAGGUUUUUUAUGUGAUGUUUCAAAAUAACUGUAUAGUUUGAAUUUCCUUUUAUGAAAAGCUGGGUUUGUUACUUAAAUAUUAAGUAAGUUUUGUGUGUGAGCCAAUGAAAUGAUAAGAGAAGUAAAUAAACUCUUUACACUUUGA